AUGCUAAGAAUAAAUAAUACAGGUUCUUUUCAUGAGUUAAUAGUUCGGAGUUUUCAGCUUGCAUUUUCUCUAUGGAAUAUUUCUCUUAAAGAAGGGCCAUUGCCACCAUCUCGCCGGAGAUCACUUUAUACUUUGGCAGUUUCAAUGAUUAUGUUUUCUUCAAAAUCAUACAACAUUGCCCCUAUUGUCCAAAGUACCAAGGCAGUGCUUACAGAGAGAAAGGUUGACCCCUUCCUUCAUUUGGUUGAAGACAAAUUGCAGGCUGUCAGCUUUGCACCUGACAAUCUGACCAUCAGCUAUGGAUCCAAAGAAGAUGAUGAAAGGGCCACACACACACUUUUGGAAUUAUUUUCUUCUGUACACCAAAUGCAGGAAUGCUUUGCAUCUGAAAUCAUCAGAAGCUUGGACAUUUUUUCAAAAGCUGAAUUACUGUCAAUAAGAGAGAAGCUGCUAGAAGAAUUCUCACCAGAUGAUACGUGUAAGAUUGGAACUCAGUUGACCACAAAUAUUCCAAGAAAGGAUAGUUCGAUAGUUGAUGAUGAUUUUAUUUAUGAACUAUUUGAAAGUCAAUUAAAACAAACUCCAAGAUUGUCCACGGAGGUCCCUGAUCUUUUGAGUGCUAAUCAACUUUUAGAAUUAGUUCUCGACCCAUCUCAUCCUGCUGGGAGAAUUUCUGUGACUGCAUUUGAUACGCCUUACAAGGAUAUGGCUGAUAACUGCGAAGUACUUAUGAUGGGAAAGCACAAUGUGUCUAGAUUGAUGAGUACCGCCAAUCAGACACAAGAAAUUUCAGCGAACUCCACUUUACCUACUCACGACAAUGAAUUGAAAAACACGGAUUCAUCUUCCCAUGAGGAUCCGUUGAAGGUGGACAAGGAAGACAAGGUGGACAAUUUUUUCUUUGAUGAUAAUACUUUUGUGGAAUUGUACCAACCAACUUCUACCCCUGCUCCAUUGUUCUGUGGAGCAGAUUAUCAAAACCAGCCUCAUUUUUUCCAACUGCCAACAGCAAGUCCCUUUGAUAACUUUCUGAAAGCCGCCGGUUGUUGA